GCUACAUGUCAUCAGAGUUAUUCUGGAUUAAAGACAUUUUCUAAGAAUAAUUUACAUUUUUAAUAAAACUGAGGAGCAGGAUCUAUAUAUAGUUCAGUGUUUUAACAAUCAUUUGUUUCUUCCUAGUUUUGCAGCAAAUAUUUGAUAAUUAGCAGUAAAAUGAUCAGAACCAGGAGAUUCUUGUUUUUAUUAUUUUUACCGUUUGUGUGGGCUGGUUAUGAAGACACUGAAACCAGCGUGUCCUGUGUUCUCAACCAGGACUGCAUUUUACCAUGUCAGUUCAAGAAGAGGAUUGUCUACAUGGAAUGGUCUCUAGAUAAAAGAUCACAUGUGAUUGUACGAUAUGACCAAAGUGGCUCCAGAUACUCUGAGAGCUUCAGAUCCAGAGCGUCACUGUUUGAGGAUCAGAUCUCCAGAGGAAACGGCGACCUGCUGCUGAGAGGAGUGAAGGUUGAUGAUGAGGGAGGAUAUCGGUGUUAUACACACAUAAACCGCAGCUAUUAUUGUAAUCUUAUUAACCUUAUAGUGGAAGCUCCAGUCUCUGACAUCAGAAUCCAUCAGGAUGGAAACAGGAUCACCUGCAGCUCAGAGGGGAUCUACCCUCAACCUGAACUCACCUGGUCCACUGAGCCUCCAUCCAACUCGACUCUGCAGAACAGAACCACAGUCCAUCAGACUGAGGAGAAGCUUUAUGACAUCAGCAGCUCUCUGACGGUUCCAGAUGAAAAUCCAGGUUUGGUCUACAGCUGUAAUAUCAGGACUCGGAGGAACUGGAGAAGAGAAACUUUAAAUAGACCAGUGUCUGAGACCAGCAUGUCCUGUGUUCUCAACCAGGACUGCAUUUUACCAUGUCGGAUCAGGAAUCGGGUCACCAACAUGACAUGGGAGCGUGAAAAAUCUCUGAUUGUAAGUUAUGACCAGGGUAACAUCAGCUACUCUGAGAGCUUCAGAUCCAGAGCGUCACUGAUUGAGGAUCAGAUCUCCAGAGGAAACGGCGACCUGCUGCUGAGAGGAGUGAAGGUUGAUGAUGAGGGAACAUAUUGGUGUCAUGUAAAGAUAAAUGGCAUCUAUUAUAGACAUUAUGUUGACCUUACAGUAGAAGCUCCAGUCUCUGACAUCAGAAUCCAUCAGGAUGGAAACAGGAUCACCUGCAGCUCAGAGGGGAUCUACCCUCAACCUGAACUCACCUGGUCCACUGAGCCUCCAUCCAACACGGCUCUGCAGAACAGAACCACAGUCCAUCAGACUGAGGAGAAGCUUUAUGACAUCAGCAGCUCUCUGACGGUUCCAGAUGAAAAUCCAGGUUUGAUCUACAGCUGUAAUAUCAGGACUCGGAGGAACUGGAGAAGAGAAACUUUAAAUAGACCAGAUGUUCUAACUGGGGUCUGUAUUCUCAAUAAGGCCUGCAUUAUACCAUUUCGGUUCAAGAACAGUAUCACCUCCAUCACAUGGGAACGUGUGUAUCCACCAUCUCUGCUUGUAAAGUCUAACCAGACUAACUUCAGCUACUCUGAGAGCUUCAGAGGCAGAGCGUCAGUGUUUGAGGAUCAGAUGAUUACAGGAAACGGCUCACUGCUGCUGAGUGGAGUGAAGCUUGAUGAUAAGGGAGAAUAUAAGUAUUCUGCACAGAUAAACGGGAUCCAUUAUUCUAUUUAUUAUCUCAUUGGAGUACAUGCUCCAGUCUCUACAUUCAGAAUCCAUCAGGAUGGAAACAGGAUCACCUGCAGCUCAGAGGGGAUCUACCCUCAACCUGAACUCACCUGGUCCACUGAGCCUCCAUCCAACACGACUAUGAAUGAAAGUACCAGGAUCCAGAAAACUAAAGAUCAGCUUUAUGACAUCAGCAGCUCUCUGACGGUUCCAGACGGUUCUGAUCCGAUCUACAGCUGCACCAUCAGAGCUCAUUUGGAGUUUGUCGGGACAAGAUGGUGGAGAGCAACUUUAGCUGAACCAGGAGCUGAAGUUACAAUCUGCUGCACUUCCUUAAACAUUUCUACGUCCAGUUUGGUCUGGAGGUUCAACCACCAUCAGAUCAUCCUGACCAAGACUGACAGAAACAUCUCCAACAUCUCAGAGGAGUGGAGGAAACAUGUGAGGAAUGUUUCAGCGUCCGGCAGCCUCACCUUACAGGAUGUGACCUCAGAUCAGGAGGGAGUUUACAGCUGUGAGCUCAGUGAUGAUGAGGAGAUGAUUAUAACUCACCUCUAUCUGAGGAGGACUGGAGAGAAUCUGGUGGUUCCUGAACUCAUCAGACGGACGGUGGUUUGUGUUGUGAUUGCAGCAGCAGCAGCUGGAUUCAUAAUGUUCUACAAGAAGAAAAUGGAGGAAAGUGAAGCUCUGCAGCUUUAACCCUUUCAUUCACAUUCAGAGAGUGGUUUUGUUUUAAUGCCAUUCUCACAUUUUACCCGUCAAGAUGAUUCAUGAGCUUUGAUGUAGUUUCACAAAAUGAUCAGCUCUUCAUGUUCUUCAGGUGAUUCUCAUGUUUGGAGACAUUUCUGUUUUUAUUUUUAUGAUGAUUUCAUCUCCUGCCCAGCAGGGGGCGCAGCUAAAUAUAUUCUUUAUAUUCUACCAGCUAAACUUUCUCAGAACUU